CCCACACACACGGACCAUCAGCCCGCAUCUCUGGCCGCUCGCACACCCUAGCUGUCUCUCUCCUCUGCUCCGCCGCUCCAGCCGCCUCUCCCCCGCUUCUCUUCCCUCCACUCACGAACCCUAGCGUCGGCGCCACACCCUGCGCAGCCGCUGCAUCCCUCCCCGCUCUCCACUCGACCCCAACUCCGGGGGUCUCCUCUCCCUCCAGCAUCGCCGCUCCACCCUCUCCCGCGACCCUCACCUUCCUUCCUCUCCAAAGGAAGGGAAGGGAAGGUCAGGGAAGGCCCCAGAUCGAGCGGAGCGACGCCCAGAUCCGCAGCGGCACCGGCACCAGCGCGCCGUCGUCCACCUGGUUCUCGAGGAAGGCCAUGGAUGGGGGCGGAACCAUAGUCCCACACCCGUCCUCCUCGACGUCUGCGACGGGCUGCAGCACCUAGGCUUCAAAGGUAGGCCAUCACAAUGGAAACAGAAGGAUGAGCACCAUGGCGGGCGUGCAGAUGUAGGCCAUCGUCAUCGCCAUGUCCCCUAGAUUGACAAGCGGCCGGCCGGAUUCGAGACCAAGCACCCCUGUGGGCUUCCUGUUCUGGCUCCUCAACACCACCACGGCUGCGGGAUCCACGACCAUGGCUGCCCGAGCGCCCAGAUGCAGGGCGGUUCCGAACCCAAAGCGCAGUUUACAGGUAGUACGAGGGCAGUUAAUGAAUAUACUUGCGCGCUUUUACUCUUAGGCAAAUCACUAAUCAUUCAAAAGGCUUAUUAGUGUUGAUUUUGUAAGGUUAUUGGGAUACACAAGAACUAGCAAUACCACAUAAAAAAGAGUCUAGAACUGGGCAUUUUUAAAUCUGGAUAGUUGUUGUAGUGCCUGAUUAUGACAACAACAAGAAAAAAAUAGCAGAAUAAUUGUUUGCAGGGAUACAUAGGUCUUUCUUCUAUCAUGGUUAUCAAGAUAGGAUUUUUUAACGUACACUAUAUAGUACAAAAGGUUGUUUAUCAUAUACUGCAAAUCAUUAGUUUUACGUCAGUCUAUUACAUCAGAGUAGAUGUCUCUAUCUUAUCUUGAUUGAUAGGAAGUCCACAUAUUGAACCUUCAAGAUGGUUUGAAAUGGACCUGGACAAUGUGAAUUGGGGCCAGUAUCUAAACACUCUGUUUUGGAACCUCAACUAUUGGGAUUCAAUCAUUACGAUGGCUGGAGAGGUUGAGAAUCCGAAGAUAACUCCUUCCUACAUGUUUUUGGUGACAGUUUGCUUGAUACAAUAGAUGGAUGUUAUGUUUAGAUAUGUUGUGCUCGAUGGAUCAGUCUUCUUGCUUUGUUUAUUCAUGCUUUUUAGGAGAAUAUUUAGCCAUGUUGAUAUGUUUGUCCCCUGUAUGUUUAGAUAUGUUGCCUCGAUGGACCUGUUUAUAAUAAUAUAAUUGAUUUUCUAUAAUUGUUGUUGUGGGUUUGUCAAGCAUUAAUUGGGUGGAUGGGAGCAGCAGCGGCGGUGUUGUGUUCUCUUUCAUGAAACUGACCCCACUUUCUCGUUCUUAUUACCUUGUGCGAUUUGAUUCCUCACUUUUCCUUUCUUCUGUUUCCUUUCCUCUUGCAGGAUUGACGGGGCUGCUCUCAUUUUUCGGUUUGCUACUGCUCCUUGCAUUCUAUGCUGCUCAUUGUUGUCAUAAGAACGUGAUGUGUUCUUCGUUGGUUCUUGGGUCCUCCAUGCCGUUAGCCAUCAAGAUGAUGCCGCUCUUCCACCAUCUUGUCGGCUCACAUGCUGUUAUUCUUGCUGCCAAGUUCCCGUUAUGUGUUUGGGGUAACUGUCUACAGUUCAGUUUAUCUGUUCUUCUGGUGCAUCUUGUUCUAAACUUCUGGUAGGAUGUGCUCCUAUCACCUGAAGUAUCAAAAUCUUGUUAAGCGUUGGUCUGAUGUUUUAUAUAU